UUUAAUUCUGAAUUGUUGUUGUGUUGAGAGUUGAGAAUGGUGGUGAAAGUAUAUGGUUCAUUAAGGUCGGCGUGCACACAGAGGGUGCUUGCUUGCUUUCUUGAGAAGGGAAUUGAGUAUGAGAUUGUUCACGUAGACCUCCAAACUGCUCAGCAUAAACGACCCCAAUUUCUGCUCUUACAGCCAUUUGGACAAGUUCCAGUAAUUGAAGAAGGCGAGUUUAGACUUUUCGAAUCAAGAGCAAUCAUAAGGUACUACGCAACCAAGUACGCCGAUGAAGGAGCUGAGCUAUUGGGGGCGACGGCGGAGGAGAGAGCCAUAGUGGACCAAUGGGUAGAAGUAGAAUCCAACAACUUCAACGAGUUAGUCUACACACUGGUGCUUCAGAUCCUAAUCCUGCCUAGUAUGGGAGAGGUGGGAAACUUGGCUCUGGUGCACAGCUGUGAGGAAAAGCUGGUGAAAGUGCUUGACGUGUACGAGGAGAGAUUGGGGAAGAGCAAAUACCUUGGCGGUGACGCUUUCAGUCUGGCCGAUCUGACCCAUCUUCCGGCGAUUAGAUAUUUGGUGAAUGAAAUUAAAAUGGGGCAUCUAGUGGCUGAGAGGAAGAACGUCAAGGCCUGGUGGGAAACCAUCUCCAACCGCCCUGCUUGGAAGAAAUUAAUAAACACUAUUAAUUAAUUAGCUCCCUUCUAGAUGAAACUUUCACAAACUUUAUGUUAAGUAAUUUCAUCUAUCUUAUGUUUUUAUUUCUGUCACAUCUUUUUCUAUUUUAUGUUGGGAGAAAAAUAUGUCUACUAAGUUUCUACGAGUAAUAAUAAUAAUUUUACUUUCAAGAAAA